AUAUGCUCGCAAAAGAAAUUUAUCGUUAAUUAAAGAAAAACAUUCUUUUUUAAAUCUGUUCAAAUAGUUAUUGAGAAUAUGAAGUUGAAAACAUCGAUUGUUAUUCUGUCCAUACAAAUUAACUUGUUAUAUAAUAUAUAUAGUUUCUAUGCAUAGAGAUUGUAUUCCCAAUUCAUGUGAAUUGGGCCGGCUGUGUUAACGGCUUAACAUGGCCUAACAUUAUCUUCUUCGAUCGCAUUAUAUGACAGUGGCUUGCUAUGGUCUUUUUAUGCACGUCACACUUGCUUACCAUACCAAUUACAUUUUAAACAAUUAAUCAAUGUUAUUUCAAUAUUAAAUGCGCAUAUAUAUGUCUAAAUAUUAGUAUUUGGCAUAGCAUAAACUGAUUGCAUUAAAAGGCAAGAAAGAGUAAAUAAAUUACUAGAUUAUUAUUAUUAGUGAAACGAAGGUUUGUAACAUUUAAAUAUUUGCACAAUUGAAUAAUUCAUUAUUCUCUCUUUUCGUAUUAUUAAUUGGUACCAAGUAUGUAAGUGAAAUCAAAUCAAAUACAUAUAUUUCCAUUAUUAAUCUUCCAAAUAUACUAACAAUAUCAUUAUUAAUAUUUAUGCAGUGUACACCAUUUUUAAAAUACAGCUCACAAUAUCCCACAUUGACGGUCGAUAUAAAAACAAAAAUGGACUUUUUAUGCAGUUGUACAAAGUUCCAGAUGUGAUGUGUCACUUUUGAUGUGUAUGCUCCUUCCUUUUCUCUUAUCAUCUAUCUCUAUUCGUCGAACGGAGACGUGCGUGAAUAGCUCGAAAGUAAAUAUUAAAUUUAAAAAAAAAAAAAAAACACAAUGGCAUUUCAUGAAUUAGUAGAAGGAGAAUGUGGUGUUCCCAGUUCAUUAAUUCGCCUUACAUCACAUUUUGUGAAAGAUCAUGGCUUCAAGGAAGAAGGAAUACAUCGUCCUUUUAUACCACCAGAAUCAUUUCAAGCCACAGAUUCUGAACAGUUAGUGAAACAAUUUAUCGAAGAAACGUCAUGUCCACAAACAUUUCGAAUGGAUAAUUUAUUACAAGAGAUGCGUGAAAUCGAUCAAAAUAUUCAACCACCUGUAGCAGCGCCAGGAGUAGUUAAGGAAUUAACUGGUUUAGAUACCUCUUGGGCAAAUCAAUAUUUAGAAUCUGGAAGACACUUUGAUGAACAUCACACGGAUGAUAUUUGGAAUACAUCAGUAAUAAAAAACAAUCAAAUUCCGAUCAUUCAAGCUCAAGAAACUCACGAAUUUGGAUUGGAUCCAAAAUGGGCAGAAGAAUAUUUAGAACAUAGCAUAGAUAAUGUAGAAAACAAUAUUCCCAAGCAUGAAGUAGCAGAAACAAUAGAAAAUAAUGAAAAUUCUAAUUUAGUGUAUUCUAAAUUUAUGAAAUUUAUGAGACAGGAGGGUGAAGUUCCAAUAAAAAAUGUUGAAUUGUCAUUACCAGAUUCUAAUAAUACAGAGGAUAAUUGGGCAGAAGGAUAUGUCAACCAAAAACGUAAUCAAAGUAUAUCUGAGAAUAGUAACAAUGAAAAUAAAGUUUUGAAUCAAGUAGAAGAAGAUUUAUCUGUAGCUGGUACUUGGAUCGAUGAAUUUGUAAAGGAAAAUAUAUUUUCUGCGGAUGUUGACAAUUACGAGUCUACAUUUUGGACGCGUCUUCAAAAUGAAUGGGAUAAGAUAUCAUCAUCGGAUGAUAUUUCUACCGUACAUCCAUGGAUAUCAGAAUAUGAAGCGUAUUAUGAUCCAUUUAAGGAUUACGCGUUUCAUAAUGAGAAUCCUAUGAAGGAUUUACCUGAUGCAUUAGGGGAAGGUAUAAAAAGACUGAAUGUAGGUGAUUUAUCAAGUGCAGUUCUUUGUUUUGAAGCGGCGGUACAACAAGAUGAAAAUAAUUCUGAAGCUUGGUUACUUCUUGGCAAGACUCAAGCAGAAAAUGAACAGGAUCCCUUAGCUAUUUCUGCGUUAAAACGUUGCCUGAAACUUGACCCUUUAAAUGGGACAGCCCUUAUGGCCCUUGCAGUUUCUUAUACAAAUGAAUCUUAUCAAAAACAAGCAUGUUUAACACUAAAAGAAUGGCUAUUGAAAAAUGAGAAAUAUAAGCAUCUUUCGAUCUCAAAAACUGUCACAGAGCACAAUCCAAGAUCCAGUGUAUCAACAAUUUUAUUUGAUGAUGUACACAAGGAAGUACAAAAAUUAUAUAUACAAGCAGCUAGAAUGAUUCCUCGAGACCAAAUAGAUGCCGAUGUGCAAUGCGGUCUUGGUGUGUUAUUCAAUUUAUCCAGCGAAUAUGAUAAAGCUGCUGAUUGCUUUCAAGCUGCUUUACAAGUUCGACCUGAUGAUUCUAGAUUAUGGAAUCGAUUAGGCGCGACAUUAGCCAAUGGUCAACGUUCAGAAGAAGCAAUAAAUGCGUACCAUCGUGCCUUAGAAUUAUCGCCAGGUUUUAUCAGAGCACGUUAUAAUCUUGGAAUCUCUUGUGUUAAUUUAGGAGCAUACAAAGAAGCUGGAGAACAUUUACUAACAGCUUUGAAUCAACAAGCUGCUGGUAGAGGAGUUCAAGGAGAAUACAUAACACCUAAAGCAAUGUCGAACACGAUAUGGUCAACUCUCAGGCUAGUUUUAUCAUUGAUGCACAAAUAUCAUUUGAAUGAAGCCAUAGAAAAUAGAGAUUUGUCAAAGUUAAAUAAAGAGUUUGAGAUUGUAUAGGCAGUUCCUGCCUUUAGCAGAAAAUACAGAGAUAGCAAUGAUUUGAGCAUGAAAUAACUGCAUUAUUAUAUAUAAAGGCAUGUAUACUUCUGGAACCUCUGGGAUGUAGUUAUUAUAAAAGAAAUAUGGUUUUUUCAUUAUUGAGAUAUAGAAUAAAUGAAAUAAAAGAUAUUUUAAAUAAAUCACAAAACAGUUAUAUAUAUGCGUGUAAUUAUACAUGACAUAACGUUCAAACAACUUUUCUAUUUAUAUAUAUUUUGAUCUUACAAGGGUGAUUUUGAUACUAUAUUUACAUAUAUAUAACACACAUCAUGAAAAUAGUACUGGAACUUAACCACAAUGGAAUUUAUUAAUUGUUCUAAUACAUGAAUUAUUAAGUUCAAUUGUAAUAAUCUUGUUGGAUGAGAAUAUUAUUACUUUCAUAACUCAGUUGUAAUAUCAUUAAAGUUAUCAUACUCAAUUAUGAAGUUGUUGUGAAGAAACAGUUAUUAGCGAAGUUUAUUGUUGUGCCAAUUUAUUGUUGAGACAAAUAAUUCACUAUUCUAUACAGAUUAAAUGAAUGGAAAACACAGUGCGAUGAAAAAUAACACAAUUAUAUAAAUAAAAAAAUUAAUCUUUAAUUUUAAAAUAAAAAUCAUUACUCUCUAUGUAUUAAUGGAACAAUGCUGGCCAUUAUCCAAUAUUAAAGAAUAUAUCUCAUAUUAAUACAGUGUGACACGCUGCAUGAACUCUAACGCAAUUAUAUUGGAUUUAUAACAAAGAAAAAUUAUUCCUAAAGGCACAUCAAAAAGAGUUACAUAUUUUAUAAUACAAAUAUUAAUCGUGGAACACUAGGUUCUGUAGAAUUAAUAAAUUUAAUAAAAAAUAAUUAUUUUAACGAA